AUGGCUCACAAGGAUGCGGAAAGGAAGAGAACUGGGGAUGCGGCAACUGUGGUGCUGGAGAAUACGGAUGCUAAUCACUUCUCCAUUGAUAAAAGUCAAACGUCUCACGAUUAUUCUAUUAUAAGUCAGAAAGAAAGUUUAACAUUAAGUGAUGACAUCGAUCAAAAUAUUACGAGUAAUUUUAGUUAUGAAAACAUUGACAAAAUUAGCGUGAAACUUAAAGACGGUAGAAAUAUAUUUUUCCUUGAGACUGGAAAAUCAACAGAAGUUGCAUUAAAUGCACGGCAAGCAUGUUCAAUUGAGUCAGCAGCACUCACAAAUCCUAAUCUAAGAAUUUUCUUAAUUUAUUCUUCACCAAAACGACUACAAAAAUUAAAAAGAACUCCUGUGUUGGAAGCGAUAAUGUCGUAUUCAAAUGUAAACAUAAAUUACAUAAACAUUGAUGAGUUCUCUCAUGAAACUCCAUUUGAAAAUUUCAUUGAAUCAAAGCUACUUUCAAAGUCCUUUUAUUUAACCGAGCAUACAUCUGAUGUUUUGAGACUUUUAGUUUUGUGGAAAUAUGGUGGGACGUAUCUUGACACUGAUGUGAUUGUUAGAAAGAGUCUUGAACAUGUUGAACACAAUUUUGCAUGUCCGGAGACAGAAGAAUACAUGAAUGGUGCUGUAUUGAACUUUGAAAGUGCCGAUAAGAAUCAUCUUGUGACGACUUUUGCUGAUGACUUGAUAAAAAACUUCAAAGGAUAUAACUGGAGUCAGAAUGGACCUUUGUUGAUUACACGAGUAGCUCAAGAUCUUUGCAACACCAAAAACACCAAUGAAAUGGUUGCUAAGGAAGAUUGUAAAGGUGUAAAGGUUGAAAUAUUUAAUUGCAUGAAAAAUAUUUUCUACGAAUUAGAUUUAAAAAUCGAUCAAUUAACUCAUCAAAAUCUAUGA